AAAGCAAAGAAGACUACGACGAAGAACUAGAAACGAAUCCAUUUACACACUCUGGAGGGGGGCCUUGAUCGACUCGUCUUCAUCCGUCAACGAAACAAGGAAAUAUAUUUAACCUUCCAAUCAACCUGAAGUCAAUUUUAGAGUUGCGCCAGGCCCCCUCCCAAAUAUUGACUGAAAAUAGUAGAUUUCUAGACUGAAUCAUGGCGGAUUCGAGCAACAGUGAUGCGGCGGCUGGAGCCAUAGGCUCGAAUACUGGUGCCGCCGGGGCUGUUGCGCCGGAGGGAGCGACUGGAGCUGCGGGGAUCAAGCCCGUGUUGGAGGUGGUAAAGGGGCAGAACUUUGACGUUGGCCCCCGUUAUGUCAACCUCUCGUACAUCGGGGAAGGGGCCUACGGAAUGGUUUGCUCGGCCCAUGACGGCAUGACAGAUUCUCGCGUGGCCAUUAAGAAAAUCAGUCCAUUUGAGCACCAGACUUACUGUCAGCGCACCCUGAGGGAGAUCAAGAUCCUGCUGCGGUUCCGCCAUGAGAACAUCAUCGGCAUCAACGACAUCCUGAGGGCCCGCCGCAUCGAGUGCAUGAGGGACGUCUACAUAGUGCAGGACCUGAUGGAGACAGACCUGUACAAGCUCCUGAAGACCCAGAUGUUGAGUAACGACCACACCUGCUACUUCCUGUACCAGAUCCUGAGAGGCCUGAAGUACAUCCACUCUGCCAACGUGCUGCACCGCGACCUCAAGCCCUCCAACCUGCUCAUCAACACCACCUGUGACCUCAAGAUCUGUGACUUUGGGCUGGCACGGAUAGCUGACCCAGAGCAUGACCACACAGGCUUCCUGACAGAGUACGUGGCUACGCGCUGGUACAGGGCCCCCGAGAUCAUGCUCAACUCUAAGGGCUACUCCAAGUCCAUUGAUAUCUGGUCAGUGGGCUGCAUCCUGGCUGAGAUGCUGUCCAACAGGCCCAUCUUCCCUGGGAAGCACUACCUGGACCAGCUCAACCACAUACUGGGCAUCCUAGGCUCUCCCACUCCGGACGACCUGAACUGCAUCAUCAACAUGAAGGCUAGGAACUACCUGCAGUCUCUGCCUGAGAAACCCAAGAUCCCCUGGAACAAGCUGUUCCCCAAGGCAGACAGCAAGGCCCUGGAUCUGCUGGGCCGCAUGUUGACCUUUAACCCUAUCAAGCGCAUCACGGUAGAGGAAGCCCUGGCUCAUCCCUAUCUGGAGCAGUACUACGACCCCACUGACGAGCCCGUAGCAGAGGAGCCGUUCACCUUCACCAUGGAGCUGGAUGACCUGCCUAAGGAGAAGCUGAAGGAGCUCAUCUUUGAGGAGACAGCCCGCUUCCAGGCCACCUACCAGGGCUCCUGAGACAUAGAGCUUUGAAGACGAGUGACCAAGCCACACGGAGGCUUGAAACAGGAAGACUCUAAACGACAAGAUACAAAAAAAACAUAUAUACAGCAUACAAAAAGGACCAGAAACAUGUACAUUUAACUGUUUUUUUUUUCUUCUUCAAUUUCUAUUGUGGGAAGCUGAGUUUUGUUUUUGUUUUUUGGUGGGGGGGGGGGAGACUGUUGUCUACUUAAAGGAAAGAUUCACCCAUUUUGAAUGUUAUAUUGUUUUUGUGCAUCUCCGAGUGAUGUGCUAUUGAUUCCCGGGUUAUUUCAUGUUUUCAUGUAUAUCUGAGCUAUUGCCAUUCAAGCAGGCAGAAAUUCGGACGGUAUGUUGUAGCAUUGCGAUAAAGCCGCUCUCAUUACACUGAAAGUUGAUAGGAAUACGACUUUUAGAUCGCAAAAACGUCUAUAAUGCAUGUCAGAUUUCGAUACUGGCCGAUGUCAUGACUCUGGAGGUUGUCUGAGCCAUCAUAUUUUUGCAAUAUUCCUACCUCGAGAAAUGUGUAAUUAAACAGAGGGUCCACCACAUUUUUCCUAUUUGUCUGCCUCUUUAGUCCAUGGCCGUUGCAAAUGUCAGACUCCACUCUGCGAGGCACAUCGUUCUGCAGGUUAAACAUGGUGAGAUUGUAGACUCCUAAAUUGAUAGUGCAGUUUGUUUAGGCGAUUUUACAACUAACUAUUUCGCAUGCUGAGAUUGACUCUGGUAUUAUUGUGUGUAGCUACAUUUGCUAGCUAGCUUGCCAGCCAGCCCAUAGAGAGCAUUGCAUUGUGGGUUUUGUAGUCGACUUGAGCUGCAGCAGUUUUCCACAACUAUUUUCACGUUGUUACCAACCUUAUUAGAACAACAAAAUGAAACAUUUGUUCACAAAAAAAAUAUAUUGUUCUCAGUGUUAUUUAACACUGUAAAUGAUAGGAAUUAGUGGUUUGGGGUGGAUAUUUCCUUUAAGUACUACUGCGCUCAUUUUAACCACCAUCAGGAUACUCUUCCCUCUUUCUCUUCUUUUACUGCUUUUCUGCGUGGAGUGUUGUACUGUUUAAAACUUAAUCUUACUCCCAUCUGACCAACUCCAUUUACCACUCUUCCCUGUGAGCCUGUGUUCUCUCUUUUUUCCCUAUCUCUGUGAAUCUGUUCUUUCUUUCGAUCUCUCUCACUAGUCACCGUAUAUGUUACUGUAUUAACCAACUGUCUGUCUUGCUCCAUUGAAUUAUUGUUAAAAAAAGAAAAGGGCAGGGGAAAAAAGGAGAUAGACGGGCGCUAGUUGGGUGUGUACAUACAAAUGGUUUUGUUUGUGAUCUCAUGGUGGUUUGGUUUGUACACCGUUAUUUGAAUGUUUAUGAUCAGUCAGGAGUCGUAUUUGUAUGUUUUGAAGUUUAUAUUUGAGAAUAAUUUGUAGUUUUUUUUGGAACACUGGUUUCUAGACAUUCUUUACUUGCGAAAACAAACAUGUUUUACGGGCAUGUUGGUAGUUUUUCUUCUUUGUGAUGUUGUUCAUCUGAAUGAUACAUUCUUGAAAUGUACCAAGGUAGCAAAGGGAGAAUGGGAUGGAGGCAUGGAGCGAGACAGCGGAAUGGUUUGAAUCGUCUCCAUCCACACUUAUUCAAAGAGGACGUCAGAGUUUUAAGAUAGAAAUACAUAUCCUAGAACAGGCACGAUUACCCCACAUCUUAGAAUAGGGAAUCACGUCAGCAUUUCUAACAUUUCUUCUGACUCACUAACGCCGAUCAGCGACAUGCCACUCACCGGUCCUUAAAUGGGAGGUUAAGAAAAACUGCCAAUCUUUGUUGGAGAGGGGUACCUAUAGUAUGUCUCUCUUCUCCCAACACAAAAUGUCACCUAUUCAAAUUCAAGUUGAAAUCAGCCGCCAUAUUAGAAACAUUCAAAUUUCUCCUCUCUCUCUGCGUAUUUGCCAUUCACCUCUCUCCUCCCUUGUCUGGUAUUAUUUCAGGGAGGACAGUGGAUGUGUAAAUACUGUAUUCAGUUAGUUGUGGAGGGUGGCAGGCAUAAUCAGCAGAUAUACGGCUGAUAUUUACUUUACGUGUUAAACUGAUAAUGGUAGCCACGGUUACGGUGUCUAUGGUAAUUGGCUGAUUUGGUCUUUGUUUCCUCCUAAUGUGCCGUGUUUCAUGGUGGGCGUCACUCAGAGCUUAACGCAUCGCUGUCACAUUUUCCACUCACAUCUAAAAGUGGACCGCUCCAUUUUGCAGUAGCACAUCCCCAACCCCUCAGAAUCCAUAAGCCUCUAUUCACGGUAGAAGUGGCCCUAUUUUCAGAUCUGGGAUCAGUUUAGCCUCUCCUAAUCCUUAUAUUUAGCCAUUCGAGGAGGCGGAGAGUAAAUCUGAGUCCAUGGCUGUGUUCAGUACGUUUUUACGUUCUGGAACGUUCAAUUGAACAGAAACUGUACUGAACGAGCAGUUGAAAAACAGGGAGGAGGAACAGUGUCAGCAUGGCUUCUGCCCUUUUUAAAACGUUGUCAGUAUGAGCAAACGUACCUCUAAGUCUGUUCAAUAAUGUUUUGGGGAAACGUGUCGUUCAGUACAAACCGUUCCGCAAAUGUUAAAGCGAACUGAACGCACCUCUGAUCGAUCAGUGCAUAUGGGCAGUAUCAUCCAUUCCACACCCCUCAAUUACCAGCCAUGCUUUACUCAAAGGGCUUUCCCCCUCAGGUCCCACCCACCUUCCGCUUAUCUCGCUUCUGAUUGGCCGAGACCUCCCAAAACACAUCCCAGGUUGCGCUGCCAUUCGCUGACUCAUUUAUUUUUCUAUUUCCUCCUGUACAUUUUUUGUUUGCGCCUCCUCCCUCCUCUUUUUCAACCAAUCAUGGAUAGAAAUGAAAUCGGAUCUGAUUUAAAGGGGAGGUGCAUUGCUUGAGUGAAAUCUGUCAGUCAUGUUGGGGGAAGAGGGGGUUAUUCGCGUCAAUCAUGUGACUCAAUCAGCGCACCUGCACUUUGCCACACUGACCAAACUUUUUCCCCUUCUGUUUUUUCUUGUUUAGUUUUUUCAACCGUUUUAGUCUUGAGUCAAGACAUGGGCCUACUCUUUUGCUCUUAUUUUAAUUUUAAAAAAUGUCUCCCUCUCCAUUCUGCUUACGUAUUCUGGGCUGAUUCUUCAUGGAAUCUCACUGGAGCCCAUCACACUUUUUGAGUGUGUGCGUGUCAAAUGUCUUAACACAGGUUGCAGUGGACCACCCUGGUCCGCACUGUUUCAUUGUGUGUGUGUGUGUGUGUGUGUGUAUAGUCAAUGGUUGAAACACAGACACUACUCCAAUCGGCAGUAUGUAUGUGUCUCUCUGCGUCUGUGUGUUUAUCUUUUUGAAACGCACUCCAGAGGCUUUCCCCUUUUUUCUAUUUGCAUGUUUGGAUUCUUGUGACUGUCUGUCGUUCUCUGACCAAAAGCUGCUUUACUACCCCCCCCACCAGCGACACGACCCAACUGACCACCAGUCUCACUGGAGGACCAUGCGAAUGAACCAACGGGACCAUGUUUGCAAUACGCAGUCACUCACUUUUUCACAGACACACACAUACACACCACAUAUGCACACACGCACGCAAUGCAUGAAUAAAAAAUGCAUAGUGAGGCCGGUUUCUAAAUAAUGUCCUUUAUAAUUGGCUGUUCUUAUUGCUAUCGUUGUUAUAUUGGUGUGUUUUUUACAUAAAAGGGAGUUAAUUAGUAUUAUUAGUAUGUUUUUAUUUCUCUUUUUUGUUUCUCUUAUGGGUGUGCUAUAACUGGCAGUGUUUUCACUCUUUCUGGAACCUAUUUUUCCCCUUUAUUCUUUUAAAUUAAGAUGAUAUGCCAUAUGAGUAGGUUGUCAAAGAGAUAUGAGCUGAUGAGGGUUAUCGUCUAUGUAUAUUCUAUGGGUAUUAUGAAUUAAACAAUUAACAAAUAAACAAAAUUAUAUACAUAUAAUAAAUACAAUUCCUGAUACUGGUAAA